AUGUGGGUACAUCGUGUCAAGAACUCAAUUUCUUACGAGAUUGAGCUUUUCUUUCGCCCAGGAGCUAGCCAUACUUCUAUUGGCCUUACAAGUUCCUUGAUCUCUGAAAACGGUCGCAUUAUCGACCUCUGCUUUAUCGCACUGAUUACGAGUAGUAUGUUCUUUGCAGGCAUGACGAAGACACUUCGAUUUUUUCGCGAUGUGACUGGGAUCUGUGGCAAUAAUACACUUUCCAUGGCGGUCCCUCGAUGUCCGAGAAGAUUCUGA